AUGUCAGGGGCAGAUUCCUCUAAUGCAAAUAGUGCAGAACAAGAUUUGGUAAGAAUGGAAACCGAUCCUCAAAACUCACACAAUAUUAGUGAGGAAGGUCAUGAAACACUCAAUCAAGAGGCUGACGAUGACCAACAAGCUGAAAAUAGAGAAGAUGGAGAUGGCGAAAGUGGGCAGCCAGGUACGGAGGAGGCUGAAGAAGGCAAAAGAGCAAAAAAGUCUAAAGCUUGGGAUGACUUUCGAGAGGUUGUAGUAAAAGGAAAAAGAAAGGCAGAAUGUAUUCACUGCCUAACUAAAUUAGCCCGGACUGCAACGGGGACCACUUCCAGUAUGAUAAGACAUAGCAACUCUUGUGUGAAGAGAAAGAUUCAUUUAAGACAAUUAUCACAAGCUUCUCAACAAUCAGUGCUCAAUUUUCCACCGGCUGAUGCAGCUAUAUUUCCUAUUCCUCCACUAUAUUCUGGGAAGUUUGAGAUGGAGGUGAUGAGGGAGGCAGCUGCUAAAUGGGUGUUGAUGCACGAACACCCAUUUAGCGUUGUAGAGGAAGAGGGAUUCAACUACAUGCAGAAACUAGGAAUGCCGGAGUGGAAAAAAUUUACUCGUAAUACUUGUAGAGCUGAUUGUGUGAAGAUUUAUGAAACUGAGAAAAAGAUAUUGAAAAAUCAGUUGAAGGAUGUUGAGAAAAUAAGUUUAACCACUGAUUUGUGGAAGUCCAAGAACCAGAAAAUCGAGUAUAUGGUGAUCACAGGGCACUGGAUUGAUUGUUCUUUGAAGCUACAAAAAAGAGUCUUGAACUUUAUCAAUCUUCCUCCACCUCGAAGAGGUAUUGACAUUUCGGACGCUCUAUUCAAAUGUGUCAAAGAGUGGGGCAUCGAGACCAAAAUUUUUACAAUUUCGGUCGACAAUGCCUCAGCUAAUGAUGUGGCUGUCCGGUUACUAAAGGAUACGUUUUCGAGGUGUAACCCCUUAGCUUGUGGUGGCAAAAUUUUUCAUGUUCGAUGCUGUGCUCAUGUGCUGAAUUUGAUGGUGCAAGAUGGUCUCGGGGAGAUUGUAGACAUAGUAGAAAAUAUUCGUGACAGUGUUGACUUUGUAGGCCGAAGAGAAAGUCGACAAAUUUUAUUUUCAGAAAUUGUGCAGCAGCUUCGACUCCCCGGAAGAAAGCUUAUUCAUGAUUGUAGGACACGGUGGAACUCUACAUUCGAGAUGUUGAACUGUGCAAUCAAAUUCAAAGAGGUUUUUCCAAUGUAUCGAGAACGAGAUGUACAAUAUUAUUGCUGUCCAUCCGAAGAAGAUUGGGAGAAAGUUGAAAAAGUAUGCAGCAUUUUAGAGACAUUUUGGGCAACUACGAACAUCAUCUCAGGUAGCGACUAUCCAACUUCAAAUUUGUUUCUUCAAGAAGUUAAGAGAAUAAAGCUAGUUUUGGAUAGUAAGGCUAAUGAUGAUGAUGAUUUCGUAAGAGCAAUGGUGAGAAAGAUGAAAUUCAAAUUUGAUAAGUAUUGGGGAGAAUGUAAUCUAUUAAUGGCUGUGGCUGCUGUCUUAGAUCCCCGACAGAAAAUGACUGCUAUAGAAUAUUGCUUUCCUAAACUUUUUUCCCCUAGUGAAGCUCAGCAAAAUAUUGAAAAGGUUAGAAAUGCUGUCUUUGAAUUAUACAAUGAAUAUUUGCAAGCAAAUGAACUUCGUGAGAGUGGAAAUAAAAAGGAUUCUCAGGUUUCUUCAAGUAGUGUUUCUGAAAGCAGUGCUUCUGGUUCGGAUUGA